CCCCACCGUAGGUAUUUAACAUUAGGUAUCUCAACAUGAUUUCAAAAGUGACCAGGAGGCAAACGCUUUCCCUGUGAGGUCUGUCGUGAGGGUCUUCUGCUGUCUCUGGGCACUUAUGUGACAGGGAGCUCCUGAGGCCCCCUUACAGCAUCCUGUCUCUGAAGCUGACCCAUGACAUGGUUUAUGGGCCCAGGAUGAAGGGAAAAUGCAGGGAUCCUCGUUCAACAACAAGAUUUUCAAGACAAUGACGGCAGAAUGUUAAACCAGGCAUAGAUCCCUCUGAGCGAGGGGUCCUCUGUGACCUCCCACCCAGAAAGGGCCCUCUCAGCCAGCGAUGACCCUCUUGAAGGAGAAGGGUUGGUCUCAGGCUGUAACCCAGGCCCAGGGCGGAGGCCCAGGUAGGGGCUGCUUGCCCAGAUGGCAACGUCUGGUCGCUGGGGCAGGCCAUGGGUUCCAAGGGACCACGGGGCCCGCGGAGUCCGCGCCUUCGGUAAUGUGGGCCUGUGCUUCUCAGAUGGCACUUUUCGGGAGAUCCGGUUGGUAAAGGGCCGCAGCCCCUGCUCCGGACUCCCCGAGAUCAGGAAUGUGAACGGGGUGGAUCGCCUCUGUGGCCUCCAUGAAGAGGAGGCCACGGUGUUCUGCCGGGAGCUGGGGUGUGGGCCUGCACUUCAGGCUCCCCGCCAGGAUGUGGGCGUCGUUGGGAAGUAUAUGACUUGCCGAGGCACCGAGCCGACCAUCCGGAACUGUAGACUCAACAACCGCCUGCGCAGGGGCUGUGACUUCCAGCACGAUGCCGAGGUGGUCUGCUCAGGACACAUGGAAGCCCGGCUGGAGGGCGGUGAGCACCCCUGUGCUGGGCGUCUGGAAGUGAGGCACGGCCUGACCUGGGGCACUGUCUGUGAUGCUGACCUGGACCGGGCGACGGCCCAUGUGGUGUGCCGGGAGCUGCAUUGUGGUUCUGCUGUGUCCACUCCUGGGGGCGCCCACUUCGGCCAGGGCUCUGGGCUCGUGUGGACAGAGGCCUUCCAUUGUGCAGGCAAUGAGUCUCUGCUGUUCCACUGCCCUCGGGGGCCUGGGCGCCAGUGUGGGCACCACCAGGACGCCGGGCUCAGGUGCUCAGAGUUCCAGCUGGUUAACGGCAGCAGCAGCUGUGAGGGACGCGUGGAGCUCCAGGUGCAGGGGGCCUGGGCACCCCUCUGUGCUGCCCACUGGGACUUAGCGGAUGCCACCGUCCUCUGCCACCAGCUCAACUGUGGCAGCGCGGUGGCCACACCCCGAGGAGGCCACUUUGGGGUCGGGGACGCUCCCAUCUGGCCUGAUGUGUUCCACUGUGUGGGGACAGAGCCCUACUUAUGGAAUUGCCCAGUAACCACCCUGGGGGCCCGGGCCUGUGCCCCGGGAAACGCAGCCACCGCCGUCUGCUCAGGUCUCCCCCACGCCCUGAGGCUGAGGGACGGACAGAGCCGCUGCGAUGGCCGCGUGGAGGUCUCCCUGGACGGGGUGUGGGGCCGCGUCCUGGACGACGCGUGGGACCUGCGUGGCUCCCGCGUGGUGUGCAGGCAGCUGGGGUGCGGACAGGCCGAUCGGGCGUACGACGCUCCGGCGCCCGGGAGCAGGGCGCUCCCCGUGGGGCUGAGCCGCGCGCGCUGUCUGGGCACUGAGACCCGCCUGACCCAGUGCAACGUGUCCGCGUCCCCGCUGGUGCCCGCGGGGGCCUCGCGGGACGCGGGCGUCGUGUGUUCGGGGAGCCGGCGGGUGCGACUGGCCGCGGGGCCCCACCGCUGCGCGGGGCGCGUGGAGGUGCUGCACGGGGGCGACUGGGGCACCGUGUGUGACGACGGCUGGGACCUGCGGGACGCCCAGGUGGUCUGCCGGCAGCUGGGCUGCGGCCGCGCCCUCCGCGCCCUGGGCGCCGCGCCCUUCGGUGCCGGGGCGGGGCGCAUCUGGAUGGCCGAGCUGGGCUGCAGGGGCCACGAGUCUGCGCUGUGGCGGUGCCCGUCAGGGGGCCAGGGCCCGCGGGACUGCGGGCACAAGGAGGACGCCGGUGUCGUCUGCUCAGGGUCAGUGGCCCUGAGGCUGCGAGGUGGCACCCACCAGUGUGCUGGGUGGCUAGAUGUGUUCUACAAUGGGACAUGGGGCGCCGUGUGCAGUAAUGCCCUGAAAGACAUCUCCUUGUCCAUCAUCUGCAAGCAGCUGGGCUGUGGGGAGCAGGGCUGGCUAGAGAACAGGCCUGUCCACACUGGCUUGGGCACCUCCUGGGUGGACAACAUCGAGUGUCGCAAGCUGAGAAACUCCACACUGUGGCAAUGCCCCUCGGCACCAUGGCACCCACGCUCCUGUGCCCACGGAGAGGAGGCUUGGGUCACCUGUGCAGGAUUGUCAGAGAAAAUGACGCAGGAUUCUGGGGAGACCAACUGCUCAUCCGCCCACAGCUGCCCAGGGGAGGGCAUGCUGCGUGUGCGUGGAGGCAAGGACAGCUGCUCGGGCCGCGUGGAGCUCUGGCACGCUGGCUCCUGGGGCACCGUGUGUGACGAUUCCUGGGACCUGGCAGACGCGGAGGUGGUAUGCCGCCAGCUGGGCUGUGGCCCAGCUGUGGGUGCCCUUGCCGGGGCCGCCUUUGGCCCAGGCUCAGGGCCCGUGUGGCUGGACGAGGUGGGGUGCCGGGGCAGCGAGGCGUCUCUGUGGAACUGCCCCGCAGAGCCGUGGGGACUCGGAGACUGCGGGCACAAGGAGGACGCGGGCGUGCGCUGCUCCCGUGACAGGGGGACCACGGCUCGGCCACCAGCACUGGGAUGGGCAUCAGGCGCCCCCCUCACCCCUCCAACUGCCCUCAAGGCUGGGAACCUGCCCAUGACCUUUUGCCUUGUCCUGGGCACCCUCCUGGUCAUCGUCUCCCUGGUCCUGGGGAUGCAGUGGUUCCGUGGAAGGAGAGUCUGCCAGGGUUCCAGAAUGUUGGGGAGUCUGCCCUCGGAGGGUGUUUAUGAGGACAUCGGAGUUGUUCCCACGGGGGAGAAAGAUGAGGGGCCCAGAGUGUCCCUGAACCUGGCCCUGGAGGAGGAGUAUGAUGACGCUGGGGAACCGGAACAGGGCCCUGAGGAGGAAGACGCGCCCCUGAACCCCGCCGGUGGGGUUCCUUGCAGCCUGGGCCCCCAAGCUCCUGCUGAGACAGAAGAUGCGGCGUGCCCUAGGACCUGAUGACAGUGUGCUGGCCAUGGGACGUCAGCGAGACCAGAGUGGGGAGAGAACCCAGGCCCCAGGGUCUUUCAUUAUCUUCAUUUCUAAGAGAGAUGUCAUUAAACUCCCUUUGAAGUUC